UUCUAUAACUAGCGGCAGAUCUCAGUAACAACACCAGGAUAACCUGAAGCUGCAAAAUGCUCUUGUACGUGGCUGUACAGCUCUGGAUUCUGCUUCCGCAGUCAGGUCUUGCACAAAGUGACUCCGUGGACCAGUCUCCUCCAGAAGUGAGACUCUCAGAGGGACAAAGUGUAACUUUACACUGUAAUUUCACUACUCUUGACACAAGCCCGUAUCUGUUUUGGUACCAGCAGUAUCCGAACCAGUCUCCCCAGCAUAUAGUGACUAAAACGACGUUUGAUGCCACGGAUCAGGCGCUUGUCCAGGGAAAAUUCUCAGCAUCUUUGUACAUGGGUAAUAGGACGGUUCCCUUCCAGAUUGAGGCUGUUUCUCACCAGGAGAGCGCUGUGUAUUACUGUGCUCUGAGACCCACAGUGGGGGAGAAAUGCAUCACCGCUCUACAAAAAUUGAGCGGGCGUCACCGCCUCUUUCAGCAGCUCUUCUGGUUUUAUCAGUAUCCGAACCAACCACCUCAGCAUUUAUUGACAGAGUAUCAAUCUCUUGCUGAGAAGAACAUCUUCACUUCUGGAAACUUUUCAGCAGUUUUGUUCAGCUCUAAUAAGACAGUUCUCUUGAAUAUUGAGGCAGUGUCCCUCCAAAACAGAGCCAUGUAUCACUGUGCUCUGAGAUCCACACUGGGGCGGAGUUGCAUUUCCGGUAAUACAAGAUGUGAUCAAGGUGCUCCCACACACCGAGGGUGUCAGAGACUGUUUUUCUACUCGAAUCUUUUUAUGAAACUUCUCUGCCAAGUUCAGUUCCUUCUGCUCUUCCCAAACCCGAUGCCGUUAUCUCUGUUAUAG